UUGCUGUGCGCCGAGCCCGAGCCCUGUCGUCACUGAUCCUCUGCGAGGCUGCACAGGCGUUCCUCAGGGAACCUGCUUUGGGCUGUACCUCAUCGUUCUCCAGGACCCCACUCCGUGGGGCGAUAAAGGCGUGCGUUGGUUGGAAAGGGCAGUGGGAAAAGUGGAGCAGUUCCGAAACGCGCUCGCGAACUAUGUCUGACAAGAGGUGGGCUGGCUUGUGUCAGCCCGGGGGACUACAUUUCCCAGCAUGCUCGAGGUGGCCGAACUACCUUACCCGAAAGGCUGAGCGAGGCGCCUUCCACUUCCGGCUGCCCGUCGGGACGCCGAGAGCAUGAGGACUCGAUGGGCCUGGCGUCUUCUGUGCUCCGACGCCGGCGGGGGCCUGUGGGCUGCGACUCCGCGCCGGCGUUUCUCACCGGCCCUGCGGAGAGAUUUCUUGACCUCCACAAGCAAGGAAGGAUAUGACAGGCGACCAGUGGACAUAACUCCUUUAGAACAAAGGAAAUUAACUUUUGAUACCCAUUCACUGGUUCGGGAUUUAGAAACUCAUGGAUUUGACAAGGCACAAGCGGAAACAAUUGUGUCGGCAUUGACCUCUUUAUCAAAUGCCAGCCUGGACACGAUCUACAAGGAGAUGGUCACUCAAGCGCAGCAGGAAAUAACAGUUCAGCAGCUAAUGGCUCACUUGGAUUCCAUCAGGAAAGAUAUGGUCAUCCUAGAAAAAAGUGAAUUUGCGAAUCUGAGAGCAGAGAAUGAGAAAAUGAAAAUUGAAUUAGAUCAAGUUAAACAACAACUGAUGCAUGAAACCAGUCGAAUCAGAGCUGAUAAUAAACUGGACAUCAACCUUGAAAGGAGCAGAGUAACAGAUAUGUUCACAGACCAAGAAAAACAGCUUAUGGAAGCAACCACAGAAUUUACCAGAAAGGAUACCCAAACCAAAAGUGUUAUUUCAGAGACCAGUAAUAAAAUCGACACUGAAAUUGCUUCCUUAAAAACGCUGAUGGAGUCUAACAAACUUGAGACGAUUCGUUAUCUUGCAGCCUCAGUGUUCACUUGCCUGGCCAUCGCUUUGGGAUUUUAUAGAUUCUGGAAGUACGAAUGACACUGCCCCUCUGCCGCUGAGGGCUCCACAGAACACUACAGACCUUCCUCCAACACUGUCAGCUGCUGAAAAGACUGACUACAAAAUUAUUCAGAGUAUAUGUGGACUAGAGAAGUGUUCCAAGUGCUUCACCUUGUGUCGUCCAGAACCUGAUCUAUUUUAGACGAAAGUGUAUUCUGUCCCUAAGCUUUUCAUGGUGCAUGCAAACGGAACCAGAAUAUUCUUAUGUUGAAACAGUUUUAUAAAUAAAAUGUUGAUAUGUGCUGCAAUUUGAAAAGUAUUUCCUGCCCUCUGCA